UGCGGACGGGUUCAUGUUUACAUUCGGCAGACUGUUCGAUUUAAAGCUCUGUAGUAAAAAAAUCGAAACCUAUUAAUUUAAGUUAUUUGUGAACAUAUACAUUUAUAAGCUGGAGACCUUGGAAUUUGAACACUUCAAACAGAAGUAAUUUAUAUCGAAGGAAAGCAAUUAUUAUUGAAGAACUGACAAAGAACAAACGAAAAGAUAUGUAACAUUUGUUUAAUAUCACUUCUGCCUAGCUCGCAAGCAAAAUGUUGGAUGUUGAGGAUGAUGUGAAUUUCGUAUAAUUUGAGCAAAGGAUAAUACUUUUAGUGGUUGGUGGUCACAGGCGGCCGGAAGUAUGGAUUCCGGGGAUAAGCCCGGAAGCAGGGUGAUGGCCGUUCUGUCCCGCGCAUUCGCCGGCUCUAUUGUGGACAGGCGAGAGGUCACAGCCGCAAUAAGGGAGUUCGAAGAGUUGAUGUCCACAAUGCAGAAGGAGCCGUCACCCACGGACAUGGUGAGUUUGCGGCGGGCGGAAGUGGACAACAUGCGAGACAUCAUCCGCCACCAGGACGAGAAAAUCAGGAACAUGGACGAAAGGCUAAACAAGGGGAGUCUGCGUGUAUCCCCGGCGCCAGGCCUUGAGACGGACAGGAAUCAGGUGGACACGGAGCGGCGGCUGGAGUUGGCGGAUCGGUUUAACGCCGUGUUCGAACACGAGUGGCGAGCGGCGUACAGUGAGCUGCGGGCCUCCAUGUACUGGCGGGAACUGGAGUGCGUGUACACGCUCAUGCGGGUCAUCAGGAACGCGUGUGACAUGUGUCUGCAGUUGUCGGAGGACCAGGUGGACAAGCUCGUUCUGGCCAUGGAGGACGUCGUUCUCGACCCACUCAACGGAAAUGCCCACAUCAGUCAGGCGUACACGCAGUACAAUUCAGAGGUUUACUCGGACGGGAUGCGGGAGGCCCAGCGGUUCGCCCUGCAGUACCGGGCUGGAAGGGCGGAAGCGUCCGUAUCCGCCGUUAUACAGCUAUUCACGGAUACAAAACUACAAGCAAUUAUUGAUCCCCGGUAUUUACGGCGGGACUUCAAGCGCUACAUUGACAAGGUGGUGGAGUUGGUCUGGCUCAUGACGACGCUCGAACCCCGCAUGCGGCUGUACUGGCAGCGGCAGAACGAGCGGGUUAACCAAGAUUUCUUCUACCUGUACCGAGGGCAGCAGGGGGAGUACGUGAACCAGACUGUGUGGCCUGCGGUGUUCAUGCAUAACACGGGAAGGCUCAUAUACAAGGGUCAGAUAACACCCGUUUAGGGGAUGUUGACAAUAAAGGGGAGAUACCACUGACCAGCAUGACUGUGCUUAUUAACACGUAAACGUAUAUAGAUGAUAUAGACAAUGUUGUGGAGCAUCUAUUAACAACAUUUGGAUUUGGCGUUAGAGGGUGUGCACUUUUGAAGCGUAACUAAGGACAUAAAAGUUUAACUUCAGCAAUAUAAGAGGGGCGUGCACAGGGUUUCGCCCCGUCUAAACCGCGAGUGUAAUAUACAUAUUUUACCAACAGGCAGUGUCUGUUCUUAGUAUAUUGUACAUUAUUGUAUUUCAAACGUACCAAUGCUCAAAAUGGGUUUGAUGGUUGAAAGCAAUAAAUAUGUAGCAUUUAUAAUUAAAGGUAUUUAAUACUUGAAAAUUCCUUUUGACAUUUAGUUAAUAUUUAUUCCUGUACUGAUUGCGUUCAAUCCAUAAAACCAAUGCCAUGUUGGUAUUAUGUGAUUAAUGUCUUUACUAUUACUUGUAAACUUUUCACCUAUUCCUCAUAGACUCUAAAAAACUUUGAGGAUACAAUAUAACCAAUAUAAUAGUGGCUGUUACUAGUAAAACCUGUGUUACAAUGUAUUUAUUUAGAAUGUUUUACAUUAAGUAUUUGUUAUAUAUUUAUACUAUUAUUCUAGUUGUUAACUGGACAUAAAGUUAGAAAUUAAGUUUUGUUGAUUUUAUGUUUUUAUCAAUACUUCCAUAAAAGCUACAAUAUUUUUAUUUGUAUGUCAUUCCAACAAUUAUGCUUACACCGUUUUUUAUUAUUAGAUAUAUUUUGAUCUGUGAUUCAAUGUUGAUAAACAGUCAUGAAUAAAUCAUGUAUGACA